CUUGUUUUUCGCAACGCUGCGUCGAGUAGCACAGUCAUUUCGAAGCUUGGUGUCACAGAAUAUAUCAUGGCUUCUACCUGUUCCACUCCAGCGUGGAGCAAUUUGGAGACCGACAUGAGUGGGCCAACCUGCGACAUGUGCAGCGGUAUUCGGCGUACAGGUCGGCCAGAUCCUUCCCAACAGCGUCUAUGCCGGAUCAUAAUAUUAUACACAAAGCGCCCUUCAGACAGCUAUUUCCAAGGUUACAUAUCACGCUGCCCUUUAUGCACUUUGAUUGUACACUUGCUUUGGGAGGAUCUCCAAGCCGUCUCUUCAUGGGAAGCCAAUGGAGGCAAACUCACGGAGACAAUACCUUCCUGCAGCCUGUCCUGUCAACUCACGCUGGAUAAAUUCAGCCAUCGAACGAUUGGUGUUUGGAUCAAAGGCUUGGUGAAUGGAGAGAUGCGGGACUCGUUUCUUCGGCUGGCAGCACUACUGAAAGAAGGUCGGUCCUCAUUAUAUGAACAUAUCACUGUACCACUACGGACCGAUUCGGGUGAAUCUAUCACAGCAAUUCCAAAUUGGCUUACUCAAUGCCGCUCAAAUCACCCGAAAUGCCGACGCCAUGUUGACGAAGGCUCUUCGAUGCCAACGCGUUUAAUAUACGUCGGCGGUGGAGAAGAGGAGGAUGACCCUGUCAAGUUAAUCUAUACCAAUCGAGCUGACAGAGUUGGAAAUAUGCCCUACAUAGCCCUCAGUCACCGCUGGGGCAACUCUGCCACACUUGAGCGUAUGAAGCUCACGAAUGGGCGGAUUGCACUCUACAAAAAGCAACUUCCUCUUUGUGACAUGUCAAAGUACGUCCAGGACGCAGUGUGGUUGACGAGGGAGCUGGGGUUGCGAUACCUCUGGGUCGAUUUUCUCUGCAUUAUUCAAGACUCGGAGGAUGACUGGGCAGCUGAAGCGGCUGCCAUGUGCGAUGUUUAUGAACGGUGUACGCUCUGCAUCGCGGCGUCGUUCCCAGCAGCAGUGUGUGAUCAGGACAGGGUCUCUUUACCUGAGGGACAUUCCGCCUGGUUUCCUCCCCUUUCAAAGCCCGUCUCCCCACUUCGGAAUCCUUCACGGAAACUCUUUCGGAGAUUACUCAACCAUUCACGGUGCAGCACACCAGCGCCUACUAUUGCACCAAUCCAAGCAUUUGGCACAAUGAGGUGAGGGAUGCGCCAUUGAAUACCCGAGGCUGGGUACUGCAAGAGCGGUGUCUCAGCCCUUGCACGGUAUAUAUGGGACGGUGGCUGCUGUGGGAAUGCGGGGAGCUGGACGCAAGCGAGGCCUAUCCGCGAGGCCAUGGGAUCGUUUCAGUGUGGUCGGAUUGCCCAAAAAGAUGGAGG